AUGGAUUCUGGUCUGCUGGUGCUGGGAGGGUCGGUGGCCGCCUUCCGGCUGCUGAACGCCGGGCUGGAGCGCCUGGUGCCGCCGCCAGCGGCGGCGCAGCACAAGCGCUGGAAAUGGCGCAACAUCUGGACCUCCUUCGUUCACAGCCUGCUCAGCGCCGCCGGAGCGCUGCUUGGGUUCUACCUCCACCCGCAGAUGGCCGAAGAUCUCAUCGACACGCACUCGCCCGCGGCGCAUCGCCUGGUGGGGGCUUCCCUCGGAUAUUUCCUGCAGGACUUCAUCGAUAUGAUGUGUAACCAGACGUUUUACCAGUGCUGGGAGCUACUGUUCCAUCACUCAGUGGUGAUUGUCUGUUUUGGCAUCGCCUUCGUGGUCCGCCGCUAUGUCGGUUUCGCUAUGGUGGCCCUGCUGGUGGAGAUCAACUCUGUCUUCCUGCACCUGCGAACCAUCCUGCUCAUGGCUGGCUUGUCGCACACGACUUCCUACCGCGCCACCAGCCUAGUCAACCUGGGCACCUAUAUGGUGUUCCGCAUCAGCACCCUCGCCUGGAUGAACCGCUGGCUUGUUCUCAACCGGGAGAACAUCCCACCGGCCACCUAUGUGGUGGGCGUCAUGGGCAUGGCCAUCAUGACCCUGAUGAACAUCGUGCUCUUCUACCGUCUGCUGCGCAGCGACUGCCUCAGGUCCAGGCAGUAUGACAAGGAGUAG